AUGGCUACUGACUGGCAAACGGAGUGUAUUCUGCCUCAACAUCAACCAACUCUGGACAGUAUCGGAGCUCAUACGGACAGAGCGUUGCAGAAUACCUCUGGGAACGUUCAGACGUACUCGGACAGCCUCGCACACAGUGGGAUCACAGGUCGGGAUGACCAUCUGCAUCAUCUAGCUUACAAGUAUCCUCAACCGCCUUUGCCAACGCACCCAGUGCCUACAGUCCCUAGCCUUGGACACUCUCAGAGCCUACGAUUCCAGGCAAAGAAGCUGCGGCGUCUGCAGUCCCUUGGUCCGAACCUCGUUGGGCCGCGUCGACCAAGAAGCUACCUCAGAUCCCAGAAGUACCUCGAGUAUCGAGCCCGACCUCGCCGGGACACUGGCAAAGAUGGGGAACCGGUAUGGUCGGACGAACUUGAAGACGCGUUUCAACAAGCUCUCGAAGCGAAUCCGCCGAUGGGCCGACGGAAAUGGUCAGAACGAGGAAAGUCCUAUGGUCGAAAUGAGCUUAUUGCUGAAUACAUCUACAACAAAACUGGUAAGCGACGAACCAGAAAGCAAGUGUCCAGCCAUUUGCAAGUCCUCGACUCGUUCCUCAAAGGAGACCCGGACUGGGAGCGACUCGUACGCGAAGAGGCGGCCGUCCGUUCGAACAGCCAACAUCCGCCCAGUGGUCCAAAAUGGAGGGCUUCCUUGGACCCUCCCUUGCCAAGUCAUUAUGGCAAUCACUUCCACGCCCCCCAUUAUGAUCAUUUAAGGUUGGGGCAGGGUUAUGCUGGCGAUAUCCCCUCGGCGCACAUCUCCCUCAACUCGAGCCUCCACGACGCCAACAUCAACACCAUCCGGGGGCUUGGGUUUGAUAUGUGGGUCAGCGCUCCUGACAAGCCAAACCGCAUCGACAGCGCCCUUCAUGCCUACAGUCGCCUCCAGGGGGACCAACGCCAUCCUGUUGCCCCACCGAUGCCCUUGAAAGACAUUCCGGGGUGGCAGACAUCCUUUCCUCAUCUGAAUUCCUUGAUUGCAGACCCCAGCACACCUCUUGAUUGUGAAAUUAUCCUACUCGAAGCCAACCUGGAGUUGAUGAAUGACUUCCCCCCUAUCCACUCGAAACUAGGCAUACACCUGGAGCUCGACUUUGCCGAAGCAAGUGGAGGAGAUGUCCCUAUGGUUAACCAAAUGGGCGAUUGGACCUGUAAAACGUACAUGUAUGAGAAUGGACAGAAGACUUUCGAAGGAUGUCAAGAUAUUGCUCAACCCGAGUCAACCAAGGUCAAGCCACUUUUUGAAUCGAAAUGGUGGGCUCGACUCUUCACCCAGCUCACGCAGGACCAGAAAAUGGCCGAGAGGGCCGGGCAACACCACGUUUCGGAUGAACACGCCAGGCAAUUUUUCCGCACCCUGACAGUAGUGCAGGAAAUUCGGGCCAUGGCCCCUUAUAGCUUGCGGCGCAUGUCUAAUUCAUACUCGGAUCAUGGCCUGACCGAACCGAAGCGAGUCGCUAUCCUGCUCUGGAAGUUCCGCCAGACACGACCUAAUGAGGUCGGUACCACAACCUGGCGCCGUAUCAUUCCUCCUCCAGAGCGGACAACGCAUGCGAGCCCCAAAGCACCGAAUGGCCUCGAUCUUCCACCUCUCCCAUUAGACUCACUCCUGAUGCACCGUCCCGCCCCAGGAGCCUACCAUCCGUCUCAGCCUCAUGAGCUGCUUCACAGCACUACUGCUCCCCAGCACCACUGGCCACUUUAUCAACAGCCUCAGGACAGUGUGGCGCACAUGUUCAGCUCCAAUGGACCGUUUGACUUCCUAGGGCCCAUCCCCAAGGUAGAAGAUCGCCUGGGUGACAAGACAUCGGUGACCUCGGUCCUGGAUUCCUUCUCUCAUCUCCAGCCCCAUGAGACCAGCCAGCCCACCAGCCUCGGCGGCUCAACUGGCGGACCGGUAAUGAUGAGCGUUCCGGAUCUUUCUCUGUCCCAUUCCAGCCUCUCUGGCUAUAGCAUUGGGCAUGAUGGGCACUAUGUGCCGCCGCAAUCUCACGGCGUCAACGUUCACGACAACAACAACGUGCUCAAUAGUAUCUUCGGGACCAGUGCUCAAUCUCUCGACGAUAUCGGCCACAGCCACGCCGCGUGGGCGACACCCACGACAAGCGGCAUCCAGGGAGAUGUCACCGGCGACAAUUACACGCAUCUCCAUCACUUCCAGACCUCUGACCACCAGAGUUCUGUGCCUCGGGAGUCGCAUGCGGCUACCAGUUUCGAGGGGCUGCUACCACCGGAUGAUCUAAUGGACAAGUUAGUCGGAAGUAUGCCCGGUGACCCGUCACUAAACGGGGUUGGUCAUGAUCAUCCGCACUCUGCAUAUGCAGACAGUAAUUCGGUGGAGGCC